AUGGAAGAUCCGACUUGGGCCUGGCCGGCCUGGAAGUUUGGCAUGAAGAGAGAUGACCUCUUUACUACCCUCCACGACCAGUACAACACCUUCUCCUUUACUCUCCAAGACCCCGAGGCUUUCCACCACGAUGUCUACGAGAUUUCUCGAGACGCUGAGUCUACCGCCGAGUUUCACCGGAUGAUGGCUGAUAGGCGGCAAAUGCGACUCCGUGAGCUGAACGAGUCUCUGGAGACGCUGGCCGUCGAAAUCAUUGCCAACCCGACGCUUAUGGGCACCGACCAGUGGCAGUACGCUUUGCAACUGUUUCGAACUAAGUCGUACGACUCUAUUCUUCGCUACUUUGCUAGCUAUCUACCCGAAGACUAUCUCGAUCGUCACGAUACACACUCUACUUCGUCGGCUUCCUUUUCGGAAACCGACACUAUUAGCACCGUUGCCAGCAGUGUCAAUGAUGCUCCCUCCCCCUUUAUGACCGACGAUGAUUUGUUUCCAAACGGUCCCGUCAUAACCGCCGAACCUGACGCGAUCAAAGAGAAACCUCACCACAGCUCUCAUCCUCAGGGACCCUUGUCAGCCCCACAUUCAGAGGAUGCGCAAUCGGAACCAUCGGUAUCAUCACCGCCAUCAGACGCAGAAUCGAACGACUACUUGACGAACCCACCCUCGCGAUCCAUGUCGUUUUCUGGGUCCGAGUCCGGACACCUUGUAUCCGAACUCAUUCGACGACGAUGCCUCGAAGAGGAUCUCAACGAGAAGUCUCGAUCAGAUGAGAGUGAGACGGCUUUCACAUUUGUUUGUGACUCGUUUGAGCCUAUUGAUGUAAUCGAAGGCCAGUCGCACACCCCUGGUGGUGUUGUUGAUUUUGCCGAUGAAGAUGAGGAUAUUCCCACUGCGCAAUACCCCGACGACGUAUUCAACAGCCUUGAUCUCACCUUUUCCUUGACUCACCCACCAUCCGCGCACGAUACCCUAGAUUCUGAUACCCCUACCCCCCGACCAGAAGCGGCUGCUGCAUCUUACAUGGAGUUUCGGUCCGUUCUUUCACAUUCAAGAAAAGCGCCGUCAUAUCAGCGUUCCCCAUCACCUAAGUGUUGCUUGGCAAAUCGAGGAGCUGGAUCUCCAGUACGCGAAGUGCGGAGGAGUCCAGAGGAGUCGUUGAGUAAGAUCCAGAAAUCUGUACAGGACUUCUCUAGAAGACACCCGAAGACGAGAAGAAGGAUGGACUAG